CUCUUUCUUGGGUGCAUUCUGUGGUAUAAACCUAACCACAGUCCCGCGAGCGCAGCUGUCAGGUGCGCGUCACCGUGGAUCACCGAUCAGUCUCCGCGCGCUCUGUUUACUGACACCGAGAUGUUGCACGGUCCGAACUGACUCUUUUUAGUCGUUUCUCUGCUUCUGCAAGUGAAACAGAGCGCGACAGUUCCGCUGCCUACGAUCCAAGAGGAGCGAGCGGGUUAUCAUGAGUUGUCUGGAUGUUAUGUACCCGGCUUAUGGUCAUUACGCACCGUACGCGCACAAAGCUUCAGCGUUUAUCAGCACUUUACCGGCACCCCUUGGACUGAGAAGCCCCUCGUCUCGCUGUAGGGAUCUGAUGGACAGCGUGGGGGCCCCGUGCUGCUCGGAGGGUGUCCUGGUUUCUGCAAGAAGCUCCAGCUCUGGGGGACCGCCCUCAUCACCGUAUCCUUCGGCUGGGCAGGUAGAGGAGGCUACGAAGGACAAAGAGGUCGGGGAGGCAGAAUACCUGAGCUCACGAUGUGUCCUCUUCACCUACUACCAAGGGGACAUUAGCAGUGUGGUGGACGAACACUUCUCCAGAGCUCUUAGCACUUACAUGGAGGCAGAGGGCAAAAAGAGGCACAGUGAUCCCAGCACAGAUGCUUCAGCCUCAAGCAGUCGGCGCAGUUUCCCUCCAUCUUUCUGGGACAGUAACUACCCCUCUCCACCCAGUCGACCCCACUGUGAUUCGACAGGCAUUCCUAGCUAUGCUAUGGACCCCUACUCCCAGGCCCUGCACCCGGGUCUGCCUCACUCACACGCUCACCCGCACCCAUCAGAGUCUUGGAGCUACUCUCAGAGCCAGCCCUAUCCCCCCCCACGGUCCCUCCACGAACUGUACUCCCCUCCUGGGCUGGAUGCCCACUACGGACCCCUACUGAUGCCUGCUGUCCGGCCGCCUCAUCUUUCGACGCUGCCCGGGCAUUAUGAUGUGGGAAAGCUGGACGCCAACCCAUCAUGGCCAGGGUUGCUUCCGCCUGGGGAAGUGGCACAAAGUCUGGCUCUCAACAUGGAACCAGGUCUCCAGCACCACAAGAAAGGGAAGGAGCUCUACUGGUUUUAAUGAGAAGCCCUUCAUUGACCAUCCAAUUAAAGUCUGCAGUUUGGCCCAUUGUAGCUGAACUGUUGUUACUUUAGCCCCCACACACAGCGGCUCUCUUCACCAGCGCAGCACACGCUCUGAACACGCUCCAGGACUAUUUGUGUGCACCAUGGAGAUAUGAACAUAGGGUGAUGAGAGAACACCUUGGGGAGGCAGAGAUGCUAGACCACAUGGUCCUUCUGUUUUUUGUUUUUUUUUUAUCCGCUUUUCUCUUUUUGAUCUUUUUAAAAUUAAUUUAUUGUGGUGUAAAAAUCCAGCUUGCCCUCUACAGUACUUUGUUUCGACGGUGAGAUGCAAGAAACAUUGCAUGGUGCAGUAUAUACACAAAAUGAUACAUUUUCUGAAAAUCUGGCUGUUUAUAUUUUGAUUGAAUAUGGAUGUCAGCAAUGUGUUUUUAUUGUUUCUUUGCAUUAUUUUUUCUUCUCAUGUACAGUAUUUUUAAUAUAUAUAAAUAUAUCUACAGUAGUAUUUAUGUUUUCAUUAAAAUACACUUACGGCCAGUGCUGUUAGUUUUUUUUUCUUCUCUUGGAAAACGUGCUAUGGUGUUAAACAGCUACAAUAAACCAGAGAGAACACAAAUAAUUAAUAAACCAUACUUUAUAAAAGAGUGAGAUAACAUGAUGUGAUUUUCCAAGUUAAUGAACCACUGUAAAGAACUGACAAGGUUCCAUAAAUGUUGUUAUAAGUGGCAAGUUAUUUUAUUUUUUAUUUUUAUGUGGGUCUACUUUACUGAAUUAAAAAUGAACAGACUUGUUCUGUUAAGACUGAAAAUGUAAGCAAGUGUUUGUAUUUCCAUAAUAAAAAUGCAUUUAAA